UACGCAGGAGAUUACUAAACCGAAAAAUCCAAGUGCAUAAAGCUAUUGACAGUUCUCGAUUUUCAGGCAAACACAGUCUAGUUAGCAACUGGCGUCAUGAAAUAGAACCAUUAGUUGCUUAGUCGCCAAUUCCAGAUGGCAUCUGUACUCCCUAGCGUCGAAUUACAUAAAACCGAGUAACACAAAAUUUUUGGUUGUUGUUCUAUGUUUUUCUAUGCCAUACUUAUUUUACAGCUGCAGUAAGAAAUUAGUUAGAUAAAAAAAUUGUCACGCCCGUGGAGCCCAACGUCAGCCCACGCGGGGCCCAGCAGAACGAGUCAAGGCCCAAAAGGAGAAUGAAGCCCAACAAGUGGUUCGACCCAGCGAGUUGGGAGCUGUGACUGAUAAAGGAGCAGAGGGCCGUCGAGUAGAGGCAUCGAGAUUAUAAUAGGCUAAAGCACUUUCUCCCCAACCACUCUGCUUCUCUCCUGUUCCUCCGCUCCCAAAUCCCCAAUUCCUCUCCUCAAACCCUGAGAUUUCCCUGGAGAUGAUGAACUAGAUCGAUGUUGGGAGUGUGACAUAUGGUAUCAGAUUUGCCGGAUUAUCUACAGAAGCCCACUUUCUCCACGCGUCAACAACCCCACGCCCUCGAGAUGGAGCAGCGCGUCGAAGAUCUGGCGGCCUCACUCAAGGCCAUCCAAGAGCAGAACGCCGCUAUCAUGAAGGCGGUGGCGGCAUCCACCGCUCUCUUUGAGGAGAUUUGGCCCGCCGUCGCCGAUCUGGCGGCCUGGAGGCCGUCCUUGGAGAAAUCCGUGGCGGAUCUGCAGCAAGAGUUGGGGGGUGUGCGCCAGGAACUCAAUCUGGUGGCAAGAAUCCUGUGCUGAAACUCAAGCCCACGCAGUUCCCUCCUCUUCUUCCACAACCCAGUGGCGCCCCAUCCAACAGCGGCGGCAGCCUCACCAACACCAACGGGCCCGAUGGCCACCGCGUCGACACAUCUCACCGGGGGUUCGGGAAUGGGGUGGUGACCACCCUUGUUCCGCCUCCGGGCAAUGGUACGUUCCAGUCCACAGAGCUCUUCCAUACUGAUAGGCAUGCGCGGCCGCCGGGGCGGUCUCCCUUGCGGGGCUCGUCCCGAUCUGGUAGUCCUCGGCCGUCCCGCUCUAGGAGUCCUUUUCAUCACCGGUCGCAGGUCACCCCCCGUCCUAAGAUGGAUUUUCCGUCGUUUUGGGGUGAGCGGCCCCGCAGUUGGAAGCGCAACUGUGAGUCCUACUUCAGGAUCUUUCAUUUGGAUCCCGAGUUGUGGGUCGAUACGGCCGCUAUGCAUUUCACUGGAGCGGCAAUGGUGUGGCUUGAGAACAAUGAGUUCCAUCUUAGUAAGAUGGAAUGGGAAAAGUUCUGCACCAUUGUCUGCGAUCAAUUUGAACGCAAUGAGUUCUCUGGUUUACUUCGUCAGUUAUUUCAUCUGCGUCAAAGUGAGUCAGUGUCUGAGUACACCACCAAAUUCAACGAACUCAUGCAUGCCCUUUUGGCCCACAGUACCACUUGGGACCCUGCGUUGUUUCCUUCUCGUUUUGUAGAUGGUCUCAAGGAUAAAAUUCGUGUUGUUGUUCUAGUGCACAAUCCAAAAGAUCUGGAUACUGCUGUUUCCCUGGCUUACCUGCAGGAAGAAGCGCUGGAGAUAUCGAAACGCAAAGAGGGCCGGCGUUCCGACAAUGGGGUGGUCAAUCGCUCUCAUCUUCGGGGGGCAAUGCCACUGCCACCUCCUCCUGGCAGACCUCCACCAACACCACCAGCCAUCGGCGACGGGUCACGCCCCGCGAGUGCAGAAGGUGCACGGGGGGCCAACUCGGUGGAAGAGCGCCUCACUACUCUUCGAGCCUAUCGCCGAGCACGAGGUCUGUGUUAUAUGUGUGGGGAGAAGUGGAGCCGCGAUCACAAGUGUGCAGCAGCGGUCCAACUCCAUGUGGUGCAGGAAAUGUUUGAGGUGUUAGGCAUGUCAUCCAGGGAAAAUCAAGAGGCUGUGUCUGAUACAUCCAGUGAGUGUCACACAAUUUCCAAAGCAGCUCUGGAAGGGUCGGUCGCUCCUCGGACAAUUAGAUUGCAAGGGAAGUUACAAUCUCAGCAAGUGCUCAUGUUAGUCGAUUCGGGCAGCUCGCACAGUUUUAUCAGCUCAGUGUUGGCAGCAAAGCUACAGGGGGUAAGGCACUCACCUAAAGCCUUGAAGGUGAAAAUAGCAGAUGGGGGGCAGCUGUUGUGCAACCAGGAGAUUACCAGGUGCAGUUGGUCUGUUCAAGGGCACAAGUUUUGCACUGAUCUGAAAGUCCUUCCAUUGGGAUGUUAUGAUAUGAUCAUCGGCAUGGACUCGCUGGAAGAACACAGUCCCAUGGACGUGCAUUGGGGGCAGAAACACAUGUCCUUUGACCAUCAUGGCAAGCGCAUUACCCUGAGAGGAGUGCAACCCAAGAUGGAUGAUUGUCACCCAGUAUCAGUGGAACAAUUGCACUUCCUGAUGGCUCACAAUGACAUACACCAGUUAGUUCAAUUGCAGACGGUGUCUGAUCAGAAAGAGGGUGGGGGUGAACUGGAAAUUCCACCUGAAAUUGCUGAAUUAUUAGUGCAAUUUGAGUCACUGUUCCAAGACCCCACGGGCUUGCCUCCAGCACGCCCCUUUGACCAUAAAAUCCCUUUGAUUCCCGGUGCUCAGCCUGUCAACAUCCGACCUUAUCGAUACAACCCUUUCCAAAAGGACGAAAUUGAGAGGCAAGUAAAAGAGAUGUUGCGCCAAGGGAUCAUACAGGAGAGUUACAGCCCGUAUGCCUCACCCGUACUCUUGGUUCAGAAAAAGGAUCUGUCAUGGCGAUUCUGUGUGGAUUACCGACACCUCAACGCUAUCACGGUCAAGAACCGGUUCCCAAUGCCGGUGGUCGAGGAGCUCUUGGAUGAGUUAGCGGGGGCAGUAUGGUUUACAAGCUUGGAUCUCAAGGCAGGCUACCAUCAGAUUAGGAUGGCGCCUGAAGAUGUGUUCAAAACGGCCUUCAAAACCCACCUUGGGCUGAAUUCAAAGUCAUGUCGUAUGGGCUUGCUUAUGCUCCCGGAACAUUCCAAGGAAUGAUGAAUUUUGUGUUGUCACCACUGAUUCGCAAGGGGGUGUUGGUAUUUGUGGAUGAUAUCCUAGUCUACAGCCAUACAUUAAGGGCUCAUGUCCAGCUUCUUCGAAGGGUGUUUGAAUUGUUGAAGGAACAUCAGUUGAAAGUCAAAAGAUCCAAGUGUAAAUUUGCCCAGCGGGAACUAACCUAUCUAGGCCAUGUCAUCAGUGUUGGAAAUAUGCCCUAGAGGCAAUAAUAAAAUGGUUAUUAUUAUAUUUCCUUGUUCA